UUUUAUAUCCCACGCUAGUUAAAGGUGAAAACAACGUCACUGUCGGAUUAGAACCAGAUACGGAACCUAAAAUUGCAGCAACUUUUCUUCGACUGUGGAAAAGGACAAAAAAUCCUUUAAUUCGACUUUUUGCCGAGUCUUUUGACAGUCUUGAAAGAAAGUUUGAUGGAGUUGAACAACUUGUUGAGGACGCUAAUAUAGAAAGGCAAAUUAGUGAAACGGACAGGGUAGAGACCAGUCUUAGAAGUACAAUAAAUAAAACUGAGCGUAGACUAAAACAACUGAUCAACGACAAGUUUGACACUCUUGCCGGAGAAAUAUGCAACAUGUACACGUGUACAGAAUGGUCAGAAUGGACUAAGUGUGACUCCAAGAGUUAUUUAGAUUAUGGACUGAAAAAUCGUACCAGAGAAUGUAAGAAAGGGGCUUCGUUCUGCUCCAUAUCCUCUGACUCUAAAUCUGAGACUGAGAGCGCGAUGUGUCAGUCUGUAUGCCCCGACAAUUAUACUGAGACACCAUCUAAAUACUGCGUCAAGUUGUUUAAUUCCAUAAAACGCACGAGAGAUGAUGCAGAGCUUCUUUGUCAGCAAGAUGGUGGCCAUUUGAUAAAUAUUGAUUCUGCAACAAAGUCUGAUGAUGUCACAGAGAUUCUUAAGCAACAAAACCCUAGUGAACGUGUGUGGAUUGACGGCAUUCAAAGAUCAUACGAUCGGGAAUGGGAGUUCAGUUACGGCUUAAUGAGUCCCGAGUUUACUAAUUGGAAACAUGACCAGCCAAAUGGAAACACAUAUCCGAACUGCAUGUAUCUUCUGCCGUCAUCUGGCUGGUUAUGGGCAGACUUUCCUUGUGACUAUUCUUAUAACUUCAUGUGUGAAAUAUCAUCAGAUUAAUAAUGAUAAUGAAAGUCACGGUAGUGAACACUGAAAUGUUAGCUGAAAUAAAUGGUGUACUUAAAUUAACAACCGAUAGGACUGAUUUUAAUUUACUUAUAAAUGAUAUUUGUGAGUUGCAUUUACUAAAUGGGAACUAUAUUUUUCUUGUGAAUAAUAUUUGACGUCACUGUGUUCGUGUUGAAAACAAAUCUGAUAGAUAAGUUGUGUUUUGUAACAUAUUAGAAGUUAGUGCGCAAAUGUUUGUUUUUUUUUUUGUUUCUUACAAUUAUAAUAGGAAACGAUAACAUGGAAUUCUGAUUUUUAGUCCACCUGAGUACAUUGUAGUUAUUGUGAGCUUUUAGGACCAAUACCUCUCUUUCUUUCGCCCGUCGUCUACAACCUGUAUGAUAUGCAACAACUUUUAAUGAAGGUGUACCAAGUGUUUUUAAAUCAUACAACUUAUGUUGAAAUUCGCCCCCGCCCAAAUGGCCACUUGAUUUUAUUUGCAAUCAUAUAUAAAUACCUUUUAAAACAUACAUGUAUUCGUCUCCCAAAACCCCAAUGCGUAGAUGUUGGGUAUUUGGCUAUUAGCAUUGUCUAAAAUAAAUUUACCAUUUUUGUUCAAUCA